AUGUCUGCUGCCACAGCCAUGGAUCAGUUGAAGGGGGAUUUGGCUGCUACAGCCAAUUUUCUCCAGUCCAUGACUGCACUCCCGAACUACGACAGUGUUAGAGAGGUGCAAGCAAAAGCCCUUUGCCAGCGAGUGAAGAACCUUGCCUCCGUGGAUGCAAAUGGAGCCUCAGCCCUGCUGGCUGCAUGGACUGCAGGAAAGCAAUGGACUUCUCCACAAACAAAGGAGUUCAGUGAUCUCUUGGAUGGAGCAGUAGCUAGAACCAACACCGGGACAGGUCAGGGUGGCAAGAGAGCUACUCAGAAAGUUGAUGCUUUCGAACCUUACCUGUCCGUCAAAUAUAUCCAGGCUUUGGAAGCUGGUGACAACAUCCACGUGAAGUUGGAUGUCUUGGCAUGCCGGUGCAUCAAGCUGAGGCUCACCUGCCCAUCUGAGGCUUGCUGCAAAGCGCUCUUGGCAGCUGGCUUGGCCAGGGCAGGCGGUGAUGUGGGGGCGGUUGACAGCUAUGCCAACAAGCAGUUGUUCAAGAAAAUGCUGAAAAGCAAAGCCAAAGGAUUGCCCAAGAAUGGCUUUCACCUCGAGCAUUAUCCAGCAUCGCCAGACAAUCUGCCCCCUGAGCUCGCCGAUGCAUACUCUCAAGAGGAUCCUGCAUGCACUGUGCAGAUGCAAUCUCCCGACAGGGUGCAGGCAGCAUCAUCUGCAAUCGUGGUGAGAGGGAGCUCGAAGAAGCUUCGUGGUGGAAACAUGAUGGGUGCCGGUGGCAUGCAGAGCUGGCCUGCAGUGUGUGCAAGUGGCAACAACAACCCCAUGAACAUGCAAUUCAACAUGGGCCUGCAAGGCAUGCAGCCCGGGAUGACGAUGAUGGGUAUGAUGAACACCAUGAACAACAUGAUGCAGAGGUUCAUGCAGGACCAGAAUAAGCAGCAGCAGGACCCGAUCCCGAACAUGCAGUACUUCGCACCCGGUGGAGGCCAAGCAGGGGCAACCACCAUGGGCCAGGGGCCUGCAGCAGGAACCCAGGCACCUGCAGCAGCAACCCAGGCACCUGCAGCAGCAACCCAGCAGGCACCUGCAGGGGCAUCUGCAUCGGUCCAGCAAGCAGCACUUGUGGCGGCAACGAAUGCAUCAGCUGGUGUCUCGCCGGCAGUGCAGUUGGAGAUGAGUGAUCCUGAAAACGACGAGGCCGACGAGGCAGAAGUGUUGAGGCAGGCUGGGCUCGUUGCAGAUGCAGCCAACAAGAAGAAGGGGAUUCUUAAGAAGCCUGCAGGCUUGCCCAAGGCAAAGGCAAAGGCCAAAGCCCAUGCCAAAGCAAAGGCAGCCAGUAAGGCCAGUGCCAAGGCCAGUGCCAAGGCCAGUGCAAAGGCCGUUGCAAAGGCCAGUGCAAAGGCCAGUGCAAAGGCCAAAGCCGCCCCGGCCGGUAGCAGAGAAUACUAUGCCAAUCUUUCCAUGAAGAAAAGGGCAGUACUGAAGGAAGUGGCUGCAUGCCCUGAAGUCCUUGACUCAGCCUCCCGGCGAGGCAUCAAAAGGGCACGGGAUUCCGAGCUGGAGGCAGAGACUCCUCAUGGCCCUUUGGUGGCCAAGAUUACAGUACCUGUGGAGGUGAAGAGCCGAAAGGCAGCUGGAGACGAGGAGGUGAAGAUCGUGCCGACAGAGCUGCCGAUCCUCAACCUGAUGGCAUGGAUAUGGCAUGUUUGCCAGUCCAUGCCUGGUGUAGCUGCCUUUUUCCAAAGGAAGAUCCAAGGGUACUACCUCAGUUUUCUCGAGUUUGACGCCGAAGGCCGAUGCCAAGAAAACCUUUGGUUCCCUUUGAACUUGACUCGGUCUUCGGUGGUCAACAAGAUCCAGGGCGGGCUGUCUGCACUCACCCACAUUCUGGUCUCCUCGGAAUCGUUCCUGAACCUCCAGUCGGGCUGUUUGCUGAACAUGCCAACUGGGGAACGGGUCAUGUUCUUCGCGAAACUGCAUACUGUAGUUGCAGACGAGGCAGCUUUGAAAUCUAUGUACGACUUCAAGGGCUCCAGUGGGACUUUGGUUUGCCCGCUAUGUGCCAACAUAACAAGCAAGACCCACGGUGAUCUGCCAGCAAAUGACCACUCGGGAGAAUUGCAUGACAUAUCAUGCAUCGACAGCAAUCUGUUUGUCCGCAGAACCGACAAUCAGAUCUUCACUGCACAGGCACUGCUGGCGAGAAGGCAACCCAUCCUGAGCAAGAAGGAUUUUUCCUUGCUCGAGUCCAGCAUGGGCUUGAACUUCAACCCAUGUGGAGUGCUUGCUCACAAAAGCAUGCCGCUUGUGAAAUGCUUGAUGUGGGAUUGGAUGCAUUGUUAUGUGGUAAGCGGCCUCCUGCACGUGGAAUUGAGCUUACUCUUGCCACUCUUGCAUGUGCAGGGUGCAACAUUUCAGGUGAUCCAGAGCUUUAUCUCAGAGUACGAAUGGCCUCACAACCUGAAGAACCGGAGAAGAGAAAUCUUGCAUUUGUUCGACAAAAGGAGCAAACCUUCUGAGUUCAAGGCCGGUGCUUCGCAGUGCAUCACUGUCUAUCCCUUGCUGCGGCUUUUCUUGCUGACUCAUCACUUUGACACAAUGGACGACGAACUUCGGCGAUGCAUCAGAUCCUUUAUGAAGAUUUGUAUGGUUCUCGACCUCCUGCUUGAAUGCAAUCGGACUGGGAACCUGUCGCCGGACGAGCUCGAGAAUGCGAUUCGGGCCCAUAGCCAAGCUUUCCUUAAAGCAUAUGGAGAGCAGCACUGUAUACCGAAGUUCCACUAUAGCCUCCAUCUUCCCCUGAUGGCUCGAGACAGGCCUCUGAUUUCCUGUUUUACACACGAACGAAAGCAUCGGCAAGUGAAGCAGUUUGCUGACAACACGAAGAAAGUGACCGACUGGUUCGAAGCUUCACUCUUUAAAGAUGUUUUGGGCAGGGCUCUUCUGGAUCUGUCUGAGCAUGCUGGCUUCAUGCGGCCCCAUUUGAAGUCCCCCAAGUCUGUCACUGAUGGCACUUUGCUGUGGCACCUGGGGCAGACAUUCGGGUUUCAGACUCUUGAGCAUGUGCAGUCGGCCAUGCAGGCCGAGGUCUGCCCAGGACAGACUUGCGAGAGGGGUGACCUGGUGCUGCUUAAGACGGGGUCCGUUGCAGAGGUGUGGUUGUUUUGCCGGUUGCAGCAUGGCGAGCUCCUGGCUCUGUUGAGUGUGCUUGAGCCACAAGGGAAGAAUCUCUUCCGGGUCAAGCAGGACGGAGCCCAGUUCAUGCGAGUGGCCGAGAUCAGUCGAACCUGCCUCUUCAAACGCAUGAGUGCAGACAGCAUGCUGGUCGUGCCAUAA